ACUAAACUCAACACACCAAAACAUUAUUUUGCCGAAUCGCUUUAGGGAAAAUUAUGUAAGAAACUACCGGAAAAUCGGCUAUAAAACGCGCGUUAGGAGUCCUUGCUCACUUUAGGACUGAUUAUGGGCAGCAGAAAUACACGAGGCUCCAGGAGAGAGGUCGAACAGAAUCCAGAUGAACCGAGGUCAGAUCCCAGUGUUAUUGAAGAUGCGGACAGCGACGACAACGAAUCUGACCUUGUGAGCGUGCUCGCAUUUCUGCUUCGUAGUGGCCAGGCUCGGCUUGUGCGUGCUACCACAGAGGGAGGCAGUGGGAUCCACAUCAUUCAUGGUAUGUCGUCAAGUGACAGUGAUGAUGAUGAAGAUUUUGAUGGAGAUUUUGCUUAUCAUGAUGGUAAAGCUGCUAGUCCUCCAGUUGAUCCAAAUCCUAAUACUCUAGUUGUUGAUCAAAGUGUGUUUAAACAGGACACAUUAUUGUCUAGUGGUCAACUAUUGGGUGGUCAAAAUAUUUGUUCAAGGCUUCACAUGAGAGAAAGUUCCCUUUACAAUCGACCAAACUUUACCUCUGGUGACAAGGCAGCAGCUUCAGCCAAUUAUAUUCCCAAUAACAAAGAAACAAAAGCCCAGUUUCUCCAAAAAUUGUUCUGUGGCCAGUAUUCCAGUGAUGGAACAGUAUUUCUUUCAGCCUGUCAAGAUCAAAACAUCCGUUUGUAUGACACAACCCUUGGACAGUUCAAGGAGUUUCGAAACAUAGUUGCAAGAGAUGUAGGCUGGAGUAUAAUAGACACUGACUUGAGCCCUGAUCAACAGUACCUUAUAUAUUCCAGCUGGUCUGACUAUAUUCAUCUCUGCAACAUUUAUGGUGACUAUGAAACCCAUGCAGCUUUGUGCUUAAACCCAGAUGACUCAAGAUUUUGUGCAUUUUCUAUAAAGUUUUCUCAUGACAACAAAGAAAUUUUAGCAGGAGCCAAUGAUGCCGCGAUAUACGUGUAUGAUCGAGGAAGUAAUCAGCGGACUUUGAGGGUCCAUGGCCAUGAAGAUGAUGUAAAUACAGUGGCAUUUGCAGACGAUAGUUCUCAUAUUCUGUUCUCUGGAGCAGAUGAUGGUCUCUGUAAGGUCUGGGAUCGCCGGCAGAUAUCUGAGACUUGCCCAUGCCCAGUAGGUGUUUUGGCUGGACAUUCCGAUGGCAUCACCCACAUUGAUCCAAGGGGAGAUGGGAGACACCUAAUCACUAACUCUAAAGACCAAACAAUCAAAUUGUGGGAUAUGAGAAAGUUUUCUGCUGAAGAGGGCAUCUGUGCUACAAAACGUGCGGUAUCUGGUCAGAGGUGGGACUACCGAUGGCAACCUGUCCCCAGAAAAUCAGUGAGACGUUCCAAGCUGGCUGGUGAUUCAUCUGUCAUGACUUAUCGUGGCCACAGUGUUCUUCACACUCUUGUUCGAUGUUACUUCUCACCUGUGCACACCACAGGACAGCGAUAUAUCUACUCUGGAUGUUCCACUGGCACUGUUGUUAUUUAUGAUGCCCUGACUGGAAAAAUUACCUCCAGACUAAGUGGACAUAGAUCAGCAGUGCGAGAUGUAUCAUGGCACCCUUAUCAAAAGGAGAUUGUCAGCACUUCUUGGGAUGGAACACUUGGCUUGUGGAGAUACAAAAGGCCACAUGAUGAUGACGAGGAUGACAAAGAAGAAGAAGAAGAUUCAGAAUCCAAGCAGCAGUCUAUGGGGCCCUGUCGUCGCUCUAUUCGUCUCAGAAACCUCUUACAUUUAUAAAAUCACAAAACUGGUGAUUUACAAAUUCAUUUUAAUUUAGAAACAUGUUGGCAUUUUCUCUCAUGGACUUGCGCACUUUAUCUGUAGUCCAUACAUGUGUAAGUAGCAAACAGGUAACUUUUACCUAAAAAUGGACUGGCAGUCUCUUUGCACAAGCUUGCUUGAGCAGGCUGUCUCAGUUUGCCAUAUCUAUUCUCGCCAGCUUUGUGAAAUUUCAUUGAGUUCACAUGAGAAAGUUUUCCUUAAAACAAUAACUGGGAGGAAAAAACUUUCCAUGUGAAUGGAUCAAGACCAAAAGAUGCCCUAUUAACUGGCUAUCUUUUUCUUGCUGUUAUCAAAGGAAGAAGGCCAUCGUCUCUCUGUAUAUACAGUUUUCUACUUGGUGCGAGUUUUUCAUUGGUUAAAACAUGAAAACAGCUCUGAUUAUACCCGACAGUGUGAUAAAUGUUGAGUGUAGGGCGCAAUUUUGCUGCAAAAGUAUCAAAUAAAUUUCACCAGGACUGAGUGUAAUCCAAUGCUAUCUGUAAUUGGUCAAGUAAAUAUUUGUUAAUCGUGAGUAUUAUUACAGACAGAAUUGGAUGACACAAAGUCAUCUUUACAAGCAGUUGAAACCAUGAAAAACUGUGAGAAAGAAAAUACUCACUGAUUGAUUGUAUUCACAUAUGAAAACAAAACAAUUGAUUUUCUGCAACAAGAAUACAUACAAUAUAGCCUAUUUAAAAGCGGAUAUAAACCAGGCCUUGUAGUAACAUUGCACAGGUAUGGCAUGAGAACUACCCCAUAGGACUGUCAAGUUAUAAGCAUGAGGCGUACACUGUGACAUUAGUUCUCAAAUUAUGCUGCUGAUAACCGAUCAUCUUAAAGAAUUUUAUCCCAUAGUCUCAAUUGAUUUUAAAAUACCUUUGAAACAGACCAAAUACUUGUAGAAGGAAAUUGCUAGAAGUGUAAGAUAAACGGAACACUCUAAAAUGCCUACACAAUGUUUAUAAAUGUGAGAUAGGUAACAGUGGAUUUUUUUUUUAAUAUUGUAAGACUUGGUAAGAAGAUGAAGUCAAGAAUAGGUAAUAUUCUUAUUUCACGUGAUAGUAACAAAAUGAUAAACUGCUAAAAGUGGUGAUUGUGACUAGGAUUUAAAAAUGCAGUAUUUUAUGUAUUUUCUUGUAAGUCUAAAGUUGAUUUUUAUAUUCAUCUUAGUGAACUUGAGACAAUAGAGACUUAAAGCAAACC